AUGGUGCAGGAAUAUGUUUCUCCGGUGAGGGUUCACAAAUACCCCUUCGAGAUGGUGAUGGCGGCUUACGAACGGCGGUUCCCAAACUGCCCCCAAAUCCCAGUGGUGCUGGAGUGUGUCAUUACUGACGACAGCUGGACGGCGGAUGACUCCCAGAGGCACACCACGAGGCGAUGCCAGUUGAACGUCGAAGCGCCGUAUCUCCUGAAAAAGAUGAUCGGCGUGGAUUACGUGUACUUCAUCCAGAAGAACCACCUGGAUCUGAAGAGCCGGGUGCUGGAGAUCGAAGCCACAAAUGAGACCUUCUCGUCCAGAGUGUCCGUUGUUGAGAAGUGCCGAUACUAUGUCCACCCCGAGAACUCGAACUGGACGUGUUUCGAGCAAAGCGCCCUCCUCGACGUGAAGAACUUCUUCGGUCUGGAGAGCACCGUUGAAAAGAUCGCUAUGAAACAGUACGCCGCUAAUAUAGCUAAAGGAAAAGAACUCAUCGAAGUAUUCAUGAAGGAGGUCCACGACGACGGAGUUAAGGACUUGAGGCCGUGGCUGGCGUCAGACCCUGGUCACAAUAGGGAGCUGCGGCGAGUGGUAUCUAGAGGCACUGAGCCCUUAUCACCGCGACCAGUGGCUGAAACAAAGAAGCACUCUUUGCCUGAAGCAAAUUUUACUGAUAGAAUAUGUAACAUUAAGAAAUAUUGUGCACAGGCGGCCUUAUGA